GUCACGGGAAAAGGAAGCGGUUCUGCGCCCGUCAGUCGACAACACAGCCCAGACGCUCCCACAAAAAAAGAUACAUUUUCGAUACAUGUUUAGCUACAGGAUUUCCUCAUCUCGUCGUCGAAACCAUUCAACAAGCGGACGUCGUUCACCUGAGGAGCAACGUCAUAACAAGCUGAUUUGCUUCACCAGUUCUACAUAGUUGCUGUCAAAUAAAACAGGCACCACGGCAGGCCACAUAGAUUACAGUGAACUGAAGAUGAGCUACAAGCCGAUAGCACCCGCCCCUUCGGGAUCAAAUCACACGCCACCAGGCUCAAGUGUUCCAUCCCCCUCCCUUCCCUCGUCGUCCAACUUCAGACCAGCUUUCAGCGAUUUUGGUCCACCGUCCAUGGGUUUUGUACAGCCUGUUAAAGUAUCUCAGGGUUCCACCUACAGUGAACUGCUGUCUGUCAUUGAGGAAAUGGGUCGUGAGAUCCGACCCACUUACGCUGGAAGCAAGAGUGCAAUGGAGAGACUUAAGAGAGGUAUCAUCCACGCACGGGCGCUUGUAAGAGAAUGCCUGGCUGAGACUGAGAGAAGUGCUCGCACAUAACCCCUUCGCCACCACAAUUUCUGCCAUCCCCUCCUCCCCGCUCUAGUUCCUUCACUUGCUCCUUUCAAUGGGCGGAAUAGGUAUUGAACACAUACCCAUAUGUUUUUGUCAGUUGUUGGGCUGCUGACAUAAAAUUUCGUGUUCAGUUGAAAAUGACUUUUCUCAAGAAAGAGAAAAAGAUGCAUUCAAAACAUAUUCCCCUGGUAUACACUUUCCAUGUCACACAUGCAGUUCCGCCCACCCAUCCUUGAUGUUGGUGUGGUCAAACCCAACCUCACUUUUUCAGUUUUCAGAUAGAGCCUGUUCUGCUAUGCUUUUAGUGUGGCAAUUUUGUAAUCCUGAUUUUUUGCAGUUUCAGUACUUGUAUCAAGAAUAAAGUGAAUUGUUGAUAGAAAAAUAUA